CUGGAGAGGGACCUACCCGACUAAACCAGAUGCUCAGCUGAGUCUGAGAGACCACGGCGAAGUAAAAGCGCUGGGAGCUGGGUUGGAUGAAGAAGGGCUCUUCCUUGCUCUUUAGUGGACAGAGCAGCCUCCGGGGCCAGCCGAUCCAUGUUUAUCCACCACUAAUACCAUAAUGAGGGGUUACAGCUGCCAUUAGGGGGCGGUAAGCACUUUGUCUCAAGGCUUGUGCCAAAAUCCUGAAGAAGACCUAACAGCAAGCAUGGCUGACAUGAGACUACCAACUGUGCGAAAACCAUUGACUUUAUCGGGUUCUUUUUUUGAUCGGAAGGAUCUGGUGGUGCCCGGCGAUGUGAUAACAACAGAUACCGGUUUUAUGAGGGGUCAUGGUACUUAUGUUGAUGAAGAGAAAUUGACUGCGUCUGUCGCUGGAGAGGUGCAGAGAGUUGACAAGUUAAUUUGCGUCAGCCCUCUAAAAACCAGAUUCAAUGGGGAGGUUGGAGAUGUGGUUGUAGGGAGAAUAACAGAGGUUCAGCAGAAACGUUGGAAAGUGGAAACAAACUCCCGAUUGGACUCUGUACUCCUGUUGUCAUCAGUGAAUCUGCCUGGUGGAGAGCUGAGGAGAAGGUCAGCAGAGGAUGAGCUCACCAUGAGAGAAUAUCUUCAAGAAGGAGAUCUUAUCAGUGCAGAAGUGCAGUCAGUUUUUUCUGAUGGGGCAUUAUCACUUCAUACAAGAAGUUUAAAAUAUGGAAAACUUGGUCAGGGUGUAUUAGUGCAGCUUUCACCCUCAUUGAUCAAGAGACAGAAGACACAUUUUCACAACUUGCCAUGUGGUGCAUCC